UUGUGUCUUCCUCCGCAAAUUCGGUUCUACUAUCGCGAGUGCCGUAUUUUUACAACAUGCUCAUGUAUACAGAAUCGUAGAUUGAAUGAAUGUGUUUAUAUAAGUGAAUUAUUUUGUGAUAAUGAGCGAUAAUUUUUGCUGCAUUUUAAUAAACGUUACUUUGUUCCCGUUCGAUUUAGAAAGCGCGUUUACGGAUCUGAGAAGGUGUGCAGCAAAAAGAAUGAAUUCUAAAAUAGUCGAAAAACUAUUUCACAACUAUUUAAAGGAGAAUCAGGAACUUGAUGUGGCUAGCUCAUUGUAAAUGUGAUCCAGCCUGUGAGAAAAAAAAAAAUUGAAAAAAAUAGUUGGCCUUAUUGUGAUGUGAUCACAGAGCAGUAGUAAACUCCCGAAAAAUGAAACUGGUGCGCGCGCUCUUACUGAAAUUAUUUUUACAGCUGUCGAUCGAUCCGUUGGAAUCGGCGGAGUACGGGCGACCGUUUUUCGGGUACACGUCCGACGAUGACUUCUGCCACAUCAACGCGUGCGACGCCCUGCAGAAGAUCAGGGAGGAGAUGGCCAGCGCCACGCACACCACCCACCUCGCCAAGGAUAAAACCACCGAUGACUCGACCGAAGUUCAACUUGGAAAGCUCGAGAGACGUCUCCGAUCGGUCGAGCAAACAGUUUGGAGUCGGAGCACAGACGAUGAGCGAUGGUACCGUUGCUGUGAGGGUCCUUGCAGAUGCCGCCCUGAAACGCACACUCUAAGCUGCUGGAGACAAGAGAUAGAUGAACUGCCCGCCAAACAAAUUGUACCCGCGGAUAUUAGGGUCAUAGAUCUUGGAAUCAACCAGAUAUCAUCACUGCAUAAAGAUGCAUUUGACGGUUUCAUCAGACUUACGCAACUGGACUUGUUCGACAACCACAUAGAUUUUUUACCAUCAACUUUAUUCCAAUCCUGCGAAAGCUUGGCACACUUAAGGCUGCAUCGGAAUAGAUUGGAGGAAUUACCGAGAAAACUAUUCCUCAGGAACAUUCAUUUAGAAACCAUUGAUAUCUCAUUUAACUCACUACGAUUGCUCCCGGAAGCAUUGUUCAAGGGGACAAACAAACUGACUGUGAUUAACCUUGCGAGCAAUUUGCUGGAGGCGAUUCCAGAGACGUUAUUUCAAAAUUUGGACAAGCUCGAAGAGUUGGACUUAUCAGCUAAUCUCCUGUCCGAGUUUAAGCCUGGAACGUUCAAUGGUCUGAUAAACCUUAAACGACUUAAGCUCCAGGACAAUCAAAUCAAUCACUUACCACCAGGAAUAUUCAGUGAGAUCAGAUUCCUCGAUUUAUUAUCGUUGAGAAGAAACAGGUUGACUUUUAUUCGUCCUGGUUUAUUUGACAGUCUGUCAUUAUUGACGCAGCUAGACCUUGCUGGUAACUGGAUUGCCACGCUCAGUGGUCAGGAAUUCUUGAAUUUAAGAUCAGUGAAGGAGCUACACUUAGGCCAAAACUUGCUGACCGAUUUACCCGAUGAUAUUUUUCGGGAGCUCAUUUCCUUGGAGAAACUUAUGUUGUUUUCAAAUAAUCUUCAAAAUCUCCGAGAAAAAGCAUUCACUGGGCUCACAAACCUGACAGCUCUAUUUUUGAACAACAAUCUGCUCAAACUGAUGGACGAAAAAGUGUUUAAGCCAUUACCACACCUCAAAAAAUUGCAAAUCGACAGCAACAAAUUCCAGUACCUCCCAACCGACUGCCUAGAUUACGUUGGAGAAUUACAGUCACUGAAACUGGCUAAGAAUCCGUGGCAUUGUGAUUGUGCGAUUCUAUACCUUGCCAGAUGGCUGAAAAAGAACAAGCCUAAAGUUUGGGACUCGAACCCACAGUGCCGCGGCCCAGGGGACCUCGGAGGAAAGCUCAUCGAGGAGAUGGAGUUCGAGGACUUGUGCGACGGGCAAUGGGCAAGUAUGGUUAGGUUAACACCCCGAGUACCUAUAAAGUGAGCCCCAAUUCGACAGCACCUGAGCGACAAUGGCAAGCAAUCCCAGAUAUCUUAAAAAAAAGAAAUAGCUUUAAUCCCAGGGAAACGAUGUUCCUUCCUAUUUUUUAUACCGACUUUUUUCUUAGUUUUAGAUUUUGUACUUAUUUUAUACAAUUAAAA